UUGAGUCAGCUGACAAAGUCGACAACAAUCAACAAUCACCCACAACCAACCUUGGGACACAACAGCUGAACGUGGGACGGAUUUCACAUAUAUAUCCAGAAGUCAUUUCAGUCGGUAUCAUAGUUCCACUUUACUUCCACAAAGAAUGAACAUACUAGCUCUGGUGUUGGUGGUGAUACCACUGGCCGCGUGUCAACUCAUCGGCGGCCCUAUGACUGUCGACGUGAACAGAGACGACAUUCAGCAGAUGGCAAGCUUCGCCCUUACCCAGCUCAACACACUCCUCGGAUCGCAGAACACUCUGGUGUCUGUCGUGAAAGCUAAAACUCAAGUUGUCUCUGGAAUCAACUACAUCCUGACCCUCCAGAUACAGAAUGGACAGGAGACUCAAACCUGUGAUGUUACAAUCUGGAAUCAGUCCUGGACCCAGACGACCCAAAUGACCCAACACAGCUGCACCAGAGUGUCCAAGCGGGACAUCUUGACGCCUGGCGGUCUGACCAACGUGGACAUCAACAGUCCUGAAGUCACAGACAUGGCCAACUUCGCCCUGAGCGAGAUCAAUGGACUGCAGGGUGCCCAGAACACCAUGGAAGAAGUAAUCUCAGCUAAAGCUCAGGUUGUUUCUGGAAUGAACUACAUGCUGACCAUACGUCUGAAGGAAGGGUACAAGACCCAGAUCUGCUAUGUGAAGAUCUGGUCCCAGCCCUGGCUCCACAGGAAGGAAAUGACGGAGCACAGCUGUAGCCAGGUGACCAAGCGUGCUGGGGGUCUUCUCGGAGGUCCCACCGGUGUGGACGUCAACAGUGCAGAGAUUCAGGAAGUGGCCAACUUCGCUCUCACUGAGAUCAACGGAAUUCAAGGGGCACAGAACUCUCUGGUCAAAGUUGUCAACGCCAGAAAACAAAUCGUCUCAGGUAUUAACUACAUCCUUAUCCUGAGCCUUCAAAAUCGAGAUAAGACCCAGCUGUGUGAAGUGAGGGUAUGGUACCAAUCAUGGACCAACACGAAGCAAGUGACAGACCACCACUGCUCCGCCGUAAACAAGAGAAGUGCCCCUGUCCUGGGAGGUGUGGAGCCCGCCCAUCUCUCUGCGCCAAUGCAACAAGCUGUGUCGUUCGUAGAGGACGCUUUGAACGGGAAGAUGAACAACAUGUUCCGGAUGGUGACAGAGAAGGUUGACCACGUCACUCAACAGGUAGUUGCUGGCAUGAAGUACUCAUUUGAUCUUCACCUGGUCACAUCCUCCUGCAUGAACAACCCCGACGGCAACGGCAAAGGAAUUACCGAUUGUCCCGCCAGCAACAGCACGCCACAGCGUAUGACGUGCAGGGUGUCGGUCCUGUACCAGGCGUGGAGUGAUCCUAAGUUUCAGCUGCUCUCUGACACCUGUGGACAACUCGCCUAGAUGGCUUCCAGUCCGUCCACGGAUAAAUAUGUCUACGUGCAUCCUUUUCAAAUGAAUUACUGUAUUCUUGUCAAAAUACAGUGUUGUUAUUGUUUAUUGUUCAUGUUUUUGUUUACAAAUAAACAUUUUGCACUAAAUACAAA